UGAAGAUUGCAAAGAGGAGGAAACGGAUGACUUGUAAUUUCUUUGCCAGAUCAAUGGCUCAUUUAAGUUGGGAGCUGCUCGGGUUCUGUCCGGCUGGCAGCAGUGCCUAGCGCCAGCGCUCCAGGACCAAGCCAACAUGAAUGGCACCAGUGAGCAGGUGGACAUCUUGCCUCCCAACUGCAUGGUGAAGGACCGAUGGAAAGUGCUGAAGAAGAUUGGUGGAGGAGGAUUUGGAGAGAUCUAUGAGGCACUGGACCUGCUAACCAGAGAGAAUGUGGCUCUGAAGGUGGAGUCAGCCACACAGCCAAAGCAAGUCUUAAAGAUGGAGGUGGCUGUUUUAAAGAAGCUUCAAGGAAAAAAUCAUGUCUGUAAAUUCAUUGGCUGUGGAAGAAAUGAUAAGUUCAACUAUGUUGUUAUGCAACUUCAGGGACGCAACCUGGCAGAUCUCAGGAGAAGCCAACCUCGUGGCACUUUCACCAUGAGCACAACCCUUCGCUUAGGAAAACAGAUUCUUGAGUCUAUAGAAGCCAUUCAUUCGGUUGGCUUCCUGCAUCGUGAUAUCAAACCUUCAAAUUUUGCCAUGGGAAGAUUGCCUUCAACAACUAGAAAAUGCUUUAUGCUGGACUUCGGGCUUGCACGACAGUACACAAACACUAAUGGAGAAGUUCGACCAAUCUCUGACCCCCCACUUCUGUUGUGUCCAAGAACAGUUGCAGGUUUCAGAGGAACUGUACGAUAUGCAUCAGUCAAUGCGCAUAAAAACAAAGAAAUGGGUCGCCACGAUGAUCUUUGGUCUUUAUUUUACAUGUUGGUGGAGUUCGCUGUCGGGCAGUUACCUUGGAGAAAAAUCAAGGACAAGGAACAAGUUGGACAGAUUAAGGACCGCUAUGACCACCGGAUGCUGCUGAAACACAUGCCUUCUGAAUUCAAUGUCUUCUUAGAGCACGUCUUAGGCCUUGACUACUACACCAAGCCAGACUAUCAGCUCCUGAUGUCAGUGUUUGACAACAGUAUGAAGGACAGGAUCAUCACAGAGAAUGAGCCGUACGAUUGGGAGAAAGGGGGGAGCGAGACGCUGGUCUCCACCAACAGCACGUCCACAGCACCCCAGCACAACACGCGGCAGACGGCGGCCAUGAUGGGGGUGGUAAACAUCACUCCGGGUCCUAGUGAUAUGCAGCGUGAGAACACAGACGAUGUGCUGCAGGAUGAGCACCUGAGUGACCAGGAGAACGCCCCUCCUGUUCUUCCCUCACGGAACACAGCCACUGAUGGAGAUUGGGAAGAUACAGACUUCAACCGCAAUAAACUCAGGAUAAACCUUGGCAAGGCUGGGCUGGAGGACGAGUGUAAUCGUGGGGUGUGUCCUGAAUCCCCCAGUGGCCAGGUGCGCUCACUCCGAUACCGCCGGAUCAACAGCCCAGAGUCUGACCGCCUGUCUGCCGCUGAAGGGAGAGAAGGGUAUGGACAGAGGUCACGCAUGGACAUCCUGGGCUCGCCCUCACGCCAUCUGUACUCCUCCCAGCCGGCGCAGAUGCUCUCGCUGGAUGGUUGCCGUGGCAACCCUCUCGCCAGCGGUCGACAGGAAGCCUCUGCAUCAGUGGACCAGGAGGCCCACAGUAACGCCUUCAUUGGCUCCGUGCCGCUGGCCGAAGAGGAGGAUUUUGACAGCAAGGAGUGGGUGAUCAUUGACAAAGAGACGGAGCUCAGGGACUUCCACCCAGGAGCAGAGCCCACCACGUCCGGCACCACCGACGAGGACCCCGAGGAGCUGCGGCCCCUGGAGGAGCAGGACGAGCGCCGGAGGCUGAGGGGAGCCAUGGGCAUGGACCAGACGGUGCGGCCCAAAACCAGUUGGGCAGGAGGCGGGGACAGGGCCCGGGCCAUGCUGCCCGUCACCGAGGAGGAGGUGUCCAAGCGCAUCGCUGGGGCGCGGGCUGGUCAGUCGGGCGCGGAGAGUCCUGCUCAGUCACCGUGCAACUCAUUACCACGAAGGAGGGAGUCGGACCCAACAGGACCUCACAGACCGCUGGAUGAGGAGAGGCUGCACGGCCCGAGGCCCAAUCAGCUGCGGCGGCUGGCGUCCUACGUCUUCUCGUCGUCCACGCUGGAGACGGAACAGUACCCGCACGCCUCCAACGCCUCCUUCAUCCAGCGCAGCCGCUCGGCCGAGAGCAGCCCCGCCCACGCACAAGGCCGCUGGAGCUCGCGGCGCCACGCCCCGCUCCAGACGCCCGGCAGCCCGCGCAGCCGCCACUCCAUGCUCAACGUGUCGCGCUCGCAGAUCCAGCAGAUGCUGGCCAAGCUCAUGAACAAGAACGCCAGCUAG